AUAAAAGGUUAAAUCUAAAUAACCAAGUGGGUCUUUUUCUAGCAAUAUUUUCAUUUAAUAAUUUUGCAGUGAUAUGCUUAAAAAUAAAAUAAUAACAAACUAAAAUGUUAUACUCGGGAAAUAAAUAAAUAAGAUAAAUUGUAGGAAUACUUUUAGUUAGGCUUAAUAUUAUGAGUACAUAGGUACUAUUAAUAAUGCAAAAGGUAGUUAACUUUUGUUAAAUUAAGACAUGUAAUGUGAAAACGACAGUUGCCUUAACCUUAAUGGAUGCCAGCGUAAUGUAUGAUAUAAAACUAUUUAGCGGGGAAUAGACGUUCAAACUGCAUCAGUGCUCGCGCGCCUUAUAGCCUGAUAGGUCUAUCUUAACUAAAUAAUAUAUUGAGAGAAAUGUUUCAAUUAAAGUGCUUUUUAAUAGUUAUGUUUAAUAUUAUACUGAUGUGCGACAGUUCAACUAAAAAAUUACCAAGUUACAUCGAGGUGUGCAAACGCGAUCAAGCGACAAUUAGUGAGUGCGUCCGACACUCCAUCGAGACACUGAAGCCACGACUCUCGAAGGGAUUGCCCGAGCUAGACGUGCCUGGCAUCGAACCCUUCUAUGUUCCUGAGAUUGUUUUAGCGAGUGGUGGUCAGUUACCGUUGUCUGCUGUUGGCAAGGACGUGAAAGUUUCUGGUGCAGCAAAUUUUUCUAUCAGGAGUUUAACGGUGGAUCUGGACACGUUGACUAUAAGGGCGCGGGUUCGUUUUCCACAUUUGCACCUAGUGGGAAAGUAUACCGUUGAUGGACAGAUCUUGGUCGUACCCAUCAAGGGAAUGGGCAUCGUCACGUCUGAAGCUGUGAAAGCCGACGCUGAAUUGGUGCUGAAAGGUCAAACGGAGAAGAGAGACGGCGUUGAGUACGUGAGGUUCACCAGUCUGCGCAGCAACAUCGCCAUUAAGGACUACCGCAUUCGCCUGGACGGGCUGUUUAACGGCGAUAAGGUUCUAGGUGAUGCGACUAAUGAGGCUAUCAACCAGAACCGUGGCGAGUUCUUCCGGGCUGUAAAACCGGUUCUUGAGAAAACAGUGUCUAAACUCUUUCUGGACAUGGCUAACAAAGUUGUGGACGGGAUAACCAUGGACGACAUACUACCCUUGCCUUAAAAAAUUGUAUUGCCAAACCACAAAUUACUGAACUACUGCGCUUAAGCUAAGUGUCGGGUCUGAAUAUAGCAUUAUUUCUGUUACGCACACAUUUGCAUUAGAGCCCCAGCGGGGUUUUUGGGAUUUACUCGAGCGCGGCAGAAUAACAUAAGCGGAGCAACCUUGCACCUUGUGAAGUACUCUCAGCAUACCUGAGCCCUUUAUAUUGGGUCGAACGUUUAGACUGCCAAAAAAAAAGCAACAAAUGGCCAUGACUUUUGGUCGCAUCCAAAUCGUCAGUUUUUGAAUAGGUUCUGAAAACUGAGGGUUCAUGUAACGUUUUCAAUGACGGAAGUAUAUUAAAUUGCCGGUUAGUAUGGUGUGAGGGUCGCCGUACGAAAGGAGAUGUUACGUAAACAAAAGACUGACGAUUUGGACACGACCAAAAAUCAUGACCGAUUGUUGAAUUUUGUUUUUUCUACCCUAGAGUACUUCACAAGGCGCAAGGUUGCCUGCCCCCCUUAUGUUAUUCUACCGCGCUCGAAUAAAUUCCAAAAUUCUCGCUUGGAUUACUCUACCAACAGAAACACUCCACCAAAAGACAGUGUUACUUUUUUCUUGUCUUCAGUUAGGUAUAAGGUUACUUUCUAAGACGGGCACUUCCAAUUCUAGGUCAUUCACCGCAGUUUUGUCAACAAAGUCUGCCUUUAAUGCCUAAAUAACUCUACUAAACUUUGACUCUUCUUCUUUAAAUUGUUUAUAAAUGCAGUUGGUAUUAGAAAUUAAAAUAUAAGUAAUACCAUUUCUACCUUCCCAUCAAUAAAAAUCAUCGAAACAUACACGUUGUACGUUAUACGAGAAUGUGUUGAGGUCCUUCAGGCUUUUGAUUCAUAAGCCUCUGAUUAUAUCAGAUAAUACAACUCGUCCAUGAAAAAAAAAGAAAGAUGUUGAUAGUGACCUUGACCAGAGUCAAGUGUAGUAAAUAGUGAUGCAUUCCAAGCGACGGACGCCGGCUGUUUUGAACCAGAAAAUAGAUAGUACAGAGGUAAUUUCAUGUAUGUGUUUCACUUUAUAUAUGUACCUACCUGUGCUCAGCGGUGGCGCACAGAUUAUCAAUUUUGGCUUGCGUAUAAAAAAAUGUGGUAGUGGCAUUUGUUGUUGAGAAUUAAACAGGUAGAAGAGCAAUAAUAAUUAAAGUAUUUAAUUUUUAAUGUUAUUGUAUUAUGGUUCAAAUAAAAAAAUAAUAAUUCACUGUUUAAUGUUGAAUUCAAACAACAGUCCACUAAAUAGUUAUAAUAACUUUUCAUGUUGCUCUAUUUUUGCACAAAAAAGUUUACAGACGCGUAUUUCAAGCGGAUGGAAUUCGGGCUCGCACUGGUUCCAAGCGGUCCGAGAUAUGGUGUCCGUGAGCGGUGUCUAUGUGUGCGUUGCUCUAGUGCACGUUGUGUGUAGAUUACCUUCUAUACUAUCUAUUUCGUGCUAGAACUAUCGCGUAUGUUUAGGCAUCGGCCGUUGCUGAAAUAAUAUUACAUUAUAUUUGUGUUGUAAUGCGUUGCGCAUACGCUCCACCGGCCAAUGGAAGCUACGCUAUACUGACUAUUGAGGAAUGUUUAUUGAUAUAAAUCCUAAUAUAAUGUUGAAAUAUUUCUCGUGUUCGGUGUUGUACUUAUUGUAAUGAUAAAUUACAUUCUGUAACUGCAGCAUGACAAAUGACAUGAGAUGAAAACUUGUUGACAAUAA